UAGGUAUGUAUAUUGGAGUUUCUGAGUGUCAUUUGUCAAUAUCAAUUCCCUCUGCCACCCUCUGGUCGGCAAAGGAAGCUUCAGCUUCAGGUGUCGCUUCACCCACUCUCUCUGUUACUGUGUGUUGUGUGUUGUGUGUUUUUUUGGCUCUUGUCUCUGUCUGUCCCCAUCCUCAUCACACACACACAAUUUCUCUUUCUUCUCCAUUCUGCUUAAAUCUCAUACUCAAUCCUCUUUCUCUUCACAAGAAAUCAGUUUACAGUUUUAUGUUGUUGAAAAGGCCUACACAACCACCCCUCAUUUAUUCGACUUUUCUGCUUCUGCUUUUUCUUCAAGGAAAAGGGCUCGAUUCUUUCUAGGUUGUGCUUGUUUCUUGUUUGGUUGAUUUAACAAAUUAAAGGGUUUUCAGAGAAGAGAAGAGAUAAGAGCAGAGAAAGUCGCAGUCUUUGGUAAAUAAUUGCAGAGGGCCUUGAGGGGUAUUCUUGAUUUGUUAGAAUUGGAUGUGGUUGGAGCUCUAGAUUGUUGAAGAUAUGAUUAAUGCUAUGAAUUCAGUGGGGAGGCCCAUGAAUCAAGUGGAGAAGUGCUUGGAUCCCCAGCUAUGGCAUGCCUGUGCUGGUGGGAUGGCUCAAAUUCCACCUAUAAAUUCAAAGGUUUAUUACUUUCCUCAGGGUCACUCUGAGCAUGCCAAUAAAGCUGUAGAUUUUCAUGAAUUUCCAAGAAUUUCACCCCUUAUACCUUGUAGAGUAUCAUCCAUAAGCUACUUGGCUGAUUCUGAGACAGACGAGGUUUACGCGAAAAUGAGAUUAGUUCCAUUGGGAAGAAAUGAAUGUGAUGUUGAUGAUGAGGGUGGAUUGAUGGGAUUUAGUAAGAAUGAGGAGAAAGAGAAGCCUAAUUCAUUUGCCAAGACCUUAACACAGUCUGAUGCAAACAAUGGUGGGGGUUUCUCCGUCCCGAGAUACUGUGCUGAGACGAUAUUUCCGAGGUUGGAUUAUUCGGCUGAGCCGCCGGUUCAGACUAUCUUGGCUAAGGAUGUUCAUGGGGAGGUAUGGAAAUUCAGGCAUAUUUAUAGAGGUACGCCGAGGCGGCAUCUUUUGACUACGGGGUGGAGUAAUUUUGUGAACCAAAAAAAGCUUGUGGCUGGGGAUUCUAUUGUCUUCUUGAGGACAGAAAACGGCGAAUUGUGUCUUGGAAUACAGAGGGCGAAGACGGGCAUCAGCGGUGGGCCGGAGGUCUUGUCUGGAUGGAGCACUGGGGCUGCAAAUUGCGCCUCGGCUUUGUAUAAGGGGUUCUCUGGUUCUCAAAGUGAGAGUUUAUGUGUUGGAAGUGUUAGGAAACGGAAUGGUAGUUGUGAUUCAGGGGCGAGGGAGAGGGGGAAUGUGAGUGCCGAAUCUGUUAUUGAAGCAGCUAGUCUUGCUGCCAGUGGCCGGCCGUUCGAGGUCGUCUAUUAUCCACGUGCAAGCACGCCGGAAUUUGUGGUGAGGGCUUCAGCUGUGAGGGCUGCAAUGAGGAUCCAAUGGUGUGCUGGAAUGAGGUUUAAGAUGGCAUUUGAGACGGAAGAUUCGUCUCGGAUAAGCUGGUUUAUGGGAACUGUAUCAUCGGUUCAGGUCGAUGACCCUGUUUACUGGCCUAAUUCUCCAUGGCGACUUCUUCAGGUGGCAUGGGACGAACCGGAGUUACUACAAAACGUGAAGCGAGUUAGCCCAUGGUUAGUUGAGUUGGUAUCACAUAUUCCAGCCAUCCCUCUGUCGCCCUUCUCUCCGCCAAGAAAGAGGCCACGGCCACCGGAAUUUCCCCUUGGACAACUUCAUAUGCCGAUGACACUUCUCCGCAACCCCCUCAGCCCCAGCAGCCCGUUGUGUUGUUUACCUGACAACAUUUCUUCAGGCAUACAGGGAGCCAGGCAUGCUCAGUUUCUACUAUCUUCAUCGGAUCCCCACUUCAAUAAUCUUCAGAUGGGACCUCAUCCAUUCAACUUCAAGCCACUACCAAAGAUCCUCACCGGCAGCCGCUUGGAGAAUUCCAAUUUUGAUCCCUUAUCAUGUUCUCUGCAAACGAAGAGCUCGACCCUCAGUUUGAACGAAAACAACGAAACAAAGUCACCCGUGUUUCUUUUAUUCGGUCAGCCAAUCCUCACGGAACAGCAAAUAUCUCGGAGCUGCUCUUUGGAUACUGAAGAGAACAUGGGAAAUGUCUCCAAUGGUUCGGUAUCAGCCGUUAUUCAGAAUUCUCCACCAGAAGCCUGUUCGGAAGGAGAGUUUCCAAGGUUAAAAGAUCAAAAACUCGAGCUCGGGUUGGAGACAACGAACUGUAAGGUUUUCUUGGAGUCUGAGGACGUUGGUCGGACCCUUGACCUAUCGAGUAUCAGCUCAUAUGAAGAACUAUACAGGAAACUGGCCUCCAUGUUUAGCUUGCAAAGAUCUGAUACAUCGACGAAUGUAGUCUACAGCGAUGCAGAAGGCGCCACCAGACCCACCGAAGACGUUCCGUUCGGUGAUUUCAUGAAGAAAGCGAGACGGCUGACGAUACUGAUCGAGUCGGGCAGGGAAAAUCGUGGGAUUUAGGAAAGAGUUUUGAUCUGUUUCAAGUUUUGCAAUUGUACAGUUUCUGCAUUUGGAAGUUUUGGCGAAAAUCCUUUGAGCCAAUUCUCGAGAUGUAUGUCCUGAAUUCUCUUGCAACUCUUUGCAAUGAAAACAUGAAGAAGCAUUGCUUGGUUUAACGUUUGAA